AUGGCGGUGAAUUCUUUGCACAACAUCGCGACACUGAUUAAACGACUAGAGGCAGUGACAUCUAGACUGGAAGAUAUCGCUUCCUCGGCGGAUUCACUGGGUCUACAUCCUGAUGAUGCUCAUAUUGUCAAAGACAUCGCCACAGCCCUUGCUCCAGUCUCGACCAACCCCCCGGAGCCUCAGCAGCAAUACUCUGGAGGGGCAUUGGCGAGACCUCCCGAGGAUAUCCCUGUGGAUGUGAUGCUAUUUGACUCUUUCGUGGAAACGGGAAUGGAUCCGUUCUUUGAGUUAAGCCAGAAAAUUGGAGGGGUAGUGGCGGAACAGGCUGCUAUCUUAAGAAAGGGGUUUGAGAUUCAGCGCCGCAUCCUCCUCGUCAUUAGCAAGGCUAAGAAGCCCCAUGGUGAUAAAGUAGCAGAGAAAGCAUACAAAAAUCUAUUGCAGCCGAUGGAAGACGUAAUCUCAUCUAUUCGUCGAAUCCAACAGGAAAACAGAGGGACGCCAGCAUACAACAUGCUCUCAGCUGUUGCUGACGGAUCAUUCGCCCUCACCUGGACAACAGUGGAAAGCAGACCCUGGAAACAAGCGGAAGAGUCACUCACCAUGGCUCAGUUCUUCGGUAACAAGGUGUUAAAAGAACAUACAAGAGGCUCCCUGGAAGCGCAAUGGGUAGAAACGUAUUACGCUCUUUUUGCAGAGCUUGCUUCGUUCUUAAGAGAAGCUUAUCCUUAUGGCAUCACGUGGAACAGCCAAGGCGAUGCUCUCGGCAAUGUGGUGGCAGGAGAAGCGGCAUAG